AUGUCUGCGGUCUUUCGGUUUCUAAGACGAGCCUUUGGUUUCUCGGACUCUCUACCCCUAAAGACAUCCUCUCAAAAAUCCAUCAAAGACCUGAAACUGCUGAAUGAGGGCGACAGGGUGCUCAUUGAUGGGAGGAAACUUAGUCCUCCUUUGCAGCGGAACGCCAAACUCAACUUUCAGCAUGGAGAACUCGAUCACAAUGCCAUUAUUGGCCGACCCAUCUCCCCUUUCUAUACCCGAACGUCGACGACACAUCUUUGCAGGAUAGAAUAUCCGACAUUGGAGCAGUAUGUCUCACUUACUCCGAGACUUGUGACGCCGGUCUAUUCUAGCUAUGCAUCUACCAUCGUCUCUCUGCUCGAUAUUAACCCCGAACCAUUUCAAGAUGAGCUUGCCUCCCGUCGCCCUUCAUAUCCACCUUUGGAAAUUCUCGAAGCUGGCACAGGUCAUGGAAGUCUUACUCUCCACGUCGCUCGAGCGAUCGCCGCGGCCAACCCGCCGCCUCUCGCUGCCAAUCUACCUCCGGUUCCAUCCAUAGACAAAAAGCGCGGGGAAACGCCCGCAAAGGUGGAGUCUCAAGAAACCCUCAAUCGGGCAUGGGCCGAAUGGAAGCAAACGCGAAAAGCAAUUCUCCACACCGUGGAAAAAGUGGCGGCAAAUAGAUUCCACGCGGAAAAGAUUGUACGGGGUUUCCACCAGGGGCUGUACUGGCCCCAUGUCGAUUUCUACGUCGGAGACGUCAAAAAUUGGGUUGAGCAGCAGUUAAAGCUGAGGCGCGGUCGAAGCCGGCAUCCUCUCUCUACGGAUGAAAAUGAAUUCCUGGACUACGUGCUUCUAGAUAUGCCCAAUGUGCAUAAUCAGCUCCAGCAUAUUCAUCCUGCGAUGCGGGACGGCGCGAAGCUGAUCGUAUUCGCACCCUCGGUGUCACAAAUCGGAGACUGCGCGCGAGUGAUUCAGGACUCACAUCUUCCACUAAUAAUGGAGAAAGUCCUUGAACUGGGUGAGGGUGUAAGUAAUGGCCGCCGAUGGGAUGUUCGCUUUGUGAAGCCACGCAAACUUGGGAACAAGUCAAAAUGCUCUACUCCUGCGCCCGCGCCAGUGGAUCCCGAACCUGAGAACGAGUUGAGCAAAACUGAUGAAGAGGACGGUCGUGAUCCCGCCAAUGAGCAGGAAACAUCGGAGGCAGCUCCUGUUCCAGAAUCUGAGGACCAGUCUGACGAACCGGUCAUGAUUUGCCGGCCUCUUGUCGGCGAGCGGACGUUUGGAGGCGGCUUCAUCGCGCUCUUCAGAAAAACUUCCCCUGAAUCUGGGACAUUGGCGGCCGAGUGGCGGCAGAGCCUGGCUGGAUGGUCGAAGAAACGACAUCGCUGA